ACUGCAUUGCAUGCAUGCUCAAGCCUAGCCACAGGCAUAGGAUUACGAGUUGGAGCUUACCGGUAAUACCCGUUUUUUGGCAGCGCUUGAAGAAUGCGGAGCAGAUGGAGCGCUGGGGGGCACAAUCGUCUCUUCUGGACGUCUUUAGCGCAGCCCCAGAGACCCCCACCUGUCUAAUUACAGACAGAGAGCCUUUCUCUUCCGGCGAGGUGCAAGCAGCGGCUGCCACACUCUCGGCAGACCUGAGCAAGAAUUUGCUGAGUCACGAUAUCACCCCGCAAGGCCUGGGCAAUUCUGAACAAAAAGCCAGCAGGGGCGAUGAUGAGGGGCAAUCAGAAGGCCAGCAUUCACUCGAGCACCAGGAUUCAGUGUCCAAUGAUAGAAGGGCAUCACAAGGCCACGUGGCACUAUUUCUAGAGAGGAGCCCAGCUUACAUAGUGUCUCUGCUGGCGGUGUCGGCGACUGGCGCAGCUUUCGUGCCAAUUGAUCCCAGCUGGCCGCCAGGCAAGGUCCAGCUCAUUCUCUCUGGUAGCACCGGCCAGCCAAAAGGGGUUUGUGGGACCCUGGGCGGUUUGCUUAACCGCCUCUGCUGGAUGGCAGAAGCGCAGCCUUACCAGCUGGAUGAUGUGUGCUGCUUCAAGACGGGGGUCGGGUUCAUUGACCACCUCACAGAGCUGCUGGGGCCGAUGCUUGCGGGAGUGCCGGUGGUAAUCCCAUCAGCGGUAGUACUGCGAGAGAGUCCCCUCUCCCUGGUGGAUUGCAUCCAAGAGCGUUGCAUCACGCGCCUUGUGGCCGUGCCGUCUUUUCUACGGAUGCUGCUGUCCUCUUUCGACCCGCACUUGCUUUCAGAACAGUUGUCCUUGCUGCGGCUAGUAGUUUCUAGUGGCGAGGCCCUCUCCUGGGAUCUGGCACGGAGGCUCCAGAAGGCCCUGCCGCAUGCGACGAUCCUGAACCUUUAUGGAAGCACGGAGGUGACAGGGGACGUGCUGAGCUUCAAUGUCACACAACAGCUGCUCAAAGCGGACCUGGUGACGUCAUCAUGCACCGUCCCAAUCGGACAGCCCAUACUUAACCACCGGGCAAUGCUCAUCAAGGACAAUGAGGAGGAAGUCACAGUAGAUGAGGAGGUGGGCGAGCUCUGCGUUUCUGGUCCCGGUCUGUGCUCUGGUUAUCUACACAGCCAGGAGGCGAGUCGCGACGCUUUCUUCCUCUGCAAACGCAACGGAACUGCAGAAAGCACAGCCGAUGGACCGGAGGCAGAGCGUUUUUACCGGACGGGGGACCUGGCAACACGGCUGCUGGACGGGAACUACGCGUGGGUGGGGCGCAGAGAUCGGCAGUUCAAGGUUCGCGGUCACCGGGUGCAACUAGAGGAGGUCGAAGCGGCGCUCCGCAACUGUCCGCUGGUGCAGUCCGCCGCUGUCAAGGCCUGGCCGUUGCCCAGCCAAGAGCUCGGCUUGGCCGCUUACGUCACCCUCACGUCAAAGCCUCCUCAAAGCCAGGUCGGGUCCAGGGAAAUCCAGGAACAGUCGUUUCAGCUAGUUUCGGAGCCACCAGUAGACUUACCGCUCUCGAUGGCUCCGCCAGCAGAUGCGUCGGGCACACCUGAAGUGCCACGUAGCGGACCUACGGAAGGGCUCGUGCUUCACAGACCAGCGGACCCACUGGCGGAAAGAGAGCAGCAAACGGUGGUGAGCAUCUUGAGGGAGCACUUGCGCGGCCGUCUGCUACCGGCAGCCGUUCCGGCAUUAGUCGAGGUCGUGCCCGCCAUCCCCCUGACGGCUUCCGGAAAAGUGGACUACGCCGCCCUGCUGCCGCCCGCUUCGUUUCAGAGCCCGCUUCCUUUACCCCUCCCCCAAGGCGAAAGUGACAGUAUGCACGAGGGGUUUGCUGGAACCCGGGAGGAAUCUCCGGGCGUUACUGAUUGCUUGACUCUUUCGCCAAGUAAUGAGCUCUCAAAUCCGAGAGUUAACGCCGGCGCAAAAGGAUUGCGGUUGGAAGGUUUGGCGGACGGAGCAGGACAGCUGUCGCAAAGAGUGCGGGCCGCAGUGCUGGGAGCCUUCCGGAAGGCGCUGGGGGUGCGCCAAGUGGCGGCUGAUGCGGACUUUUUCGCGGCCGGGGGGAGCUCGGUGACCGCGGCAGAGGUGGCACACAGCCUGAGGGUCGACAUGCGGUGGGUGUAUUCACACCCUACGCCCGAGAGCCUGGCAGAGGCCUUGCUCAAGAGCGGCGUGAAUAGCCGGCAGACCGGAGAGCCGGAAGAGUGGCAAGCGGAAACAUUGCAAUCUCAAGAGCGGGGGAGAAUAGAGGGGUCGAGAUUGAUGGGGAGCGCAGAACGAGAAAGAGAAGACGAGGCCACCGCGCCUGGACGGGAACUCCCGGGGGAUGGGAAAGCCGCUCUUGAUGACGUCACUUUUUGGGACUCUGACGAAGAGAGCGGUCAGCCAGAGGAGCCGGUUCGGGAGAGGAUGGCUGGUUUUAAAUCAGACGCCGGCGCCGCGAAAGGGGCUGCAGAGGCAGGCACGCUAGCGCUUGACGACUCGGAGGCUGACUCCGCGUCAGUCGCACUCCGGUCGGUGCCCAAGUUUUGGGAAGAUGUAAUCGAAGCGAGGGGACCGUUCUCGCUAACCAGGUGUAACCGCGUCGAGAUGCUCUUGGGUCCGCGGUUGGGCAGUGAAGGCACCGCUCGAGAGAAGCGGACAGCAGCGGCAAACGGAACGAGUGAACGGACGGAAGAUACGCGGCAGGCGCGUCCCGUCGUCCAAGAGCACUCCCUGUCCCCAGGGGGAUCCUCCAGAAGUUUCAAGCUGCACGUCGCCUGGCGAACGAAGCUGGGGCUGUGCGUCGAUGCGUCCCCGCUCCUUCUAGUUGCCCCGGGAAAGGCGCCCCGGCUGUUCAUCGGCUCACAUGCGCACAACUUCAAGUGCCUGGAUGCGGCAACCGGGGUUACGGUCUGGGAACGAGAGGUCGGGGGGCGGGUGGAAGCGACGGCGGGCUCGACUAGGGACGGCGAGAAGCUUGUGGUCGGCUGCUACGACGGGAAGAUCUACGUAAUGAAUGCGAGCGACGGGAGCAUCGACUGGACGUUCCAAACUGGCGGAGAGGUGAAGUGCCAGGCGGUGACCGACCCCUGGGCUGGCUUCGUGUGGUGCGGCUCGCACGACCACCAGAUGUACGUCCUCGAUCUCGCGGCCAAGACUGCCGUUUUCCGGCACGACUGCGGGGGUUCCGUCUACGGCGCGGCGGCGUUUGACGCGGGCCGUGGCAGGGCGUAUGUGGUCACUACACGGGGAGUCGUGACUGCCUUCGACGGCCGAAACUUUCAGAUUGUGUGGACGCUCGACCUGGCGUCGCCGCUCUUCGCCUCCCCCGCCGUCACUCCCUCGGGUUCGCUUAUCUGCGCCUCAGUCGACGGAAACGUCACAGCUCUUGUUCCGUCCGGCGGAAUAACUUGGCGGAGCCGGAUGGGCGGGCCGGUCUUUGCGGGGCCCUGUCUCUCGGCCGCGCUGAACGGACAAGCGCUCAUUUGCGGUCGAGACGGCUACGUACGGGGCCUCGAUGCGGAGACCGGGGCGCAGCUGUGGGAACUAGAGCCGGAUGUAAAAUGGGUCGGCGAGCCCAUUACCGCGUCCGCAGCGGUGGACGAGACGGUGGCCAUUCACACCGACGGAUCGAUGUGUUUGGGCUCUGGGGGGGUCGGUUGUAAACACGUGUACAGGCUUGUGUGGGUGUGCGGAAGCGAGGGGACAGUCAAAGCACUUGCAGUGCGCGCGCGCGGCACAUCCUUGGAACAGUCAAUCUUUUUGCACGGAAAUGAGUUAAAGUCAAGUAGCACGCUUCCAGAAGAGCAUUAUAGACGAGACUCAAGGGACAGCGUUCAGGAUCGGUCGAGCAAGCGGCAGCACACCGAGACUGGGGCGAGCGGUAGUGUCAAAUCCAGCGCGCGCUCUUAUCAUGUUCGAGUUCUAGCGGCAGGAAAGCUGCCAGGGGAAAUCUUCUCGUCGCCUGUAGGUAUUGGAGGAAGCAUGUACGUCGGUUGCAGGGACGACAAUGUGUAUGCGGUAGAUCUGAUCGGAUAGCCCCAGCACUCGUCUACAGAGGUCACUAAAACAUGUUUGCGAGAUUCGGUUCACGUCUCACAGUGUUACAAGUCAGACGGGAUGAACCGGGAUCAGCAGGCUCAUCAUCGGUGUACCUGUCAACUUACCGUAGUGCAGGCCCUUUAACCCAAGAUUCAAGCACCUUUCAUCAAUUACCACCGUGCAUGCUCAGAGCAGCAUAGUGACC